GUUUGUCGGAAUUUAUUGAAGUGAACGGUUGUUGUGUUUUUGUGAAGCGGCAAAAAUAAUUCGCAUGUGCUUCAAGUGCGUCGCUCCACUGUCUACUAUAACUUUAAUUGUUAUUAUUAUAGUGUUUCAAUAUACAAUUGCCAAGUGGGAAGCAAAACAAAAAUUAAAAUUUUUUAUAGAAAUUUAUAAAGUGUAGAAUUCUAACACUAAACAACAAAAAGUGUGAAGAGGAAGUUUAACUAACAUUGUGUGCGUGUGUGUGUUGUUAAUGAAAACAAUUGUUGAAGUUUCGAUUUCUGAAUUGAAAAGUGAAUUUUUGAAUUUAUUUUUGCGAAAAUACAUUAGUUUGACAGCAGAUAAACAAAAAUAACAUAACGGUGGUUUAAUAGUUUGUUAGUGCUGUCACCCCCUUAAGUGCUUGCCUGCAGUAAAAUGUCGCAGUUUUGGCGUUUAUAAGCGGUUAAAGGAUUUUUUGACGUUUUUUGAAAGAAGUUUCUGACGGCCCGUAUUUGUAGUUGUAGCAGCAUUGCAACGCGCGCAUUCUAUAAGCCAUGGCAACAUUAAUACCGUCCUCAAAUGUUGAGGCCGCUUAUGAAGAUAUGUUCAAAGAAAUCACACGUAAAUUAUAUGGGGAAGAGACCGGAAAUGGUUUACAUACAUUGGGCACACCGGUUGCGCAGGUGGCGACCACUGGGCCCACAGCACCCGAGGGCGAGCGCUCAUUCACGAAUUUGCAGAUCGAUCGCAGCGCUGCGCCCACCAUCGAAUAUGAGAACAAUGCCGCUAAUGCAGUGGCAACAGCUGCCGCCGCGGCAAAUGUUGUAAUCCAACAACAAGCCGAGGGUUCUGUGGUCGUCGCCACGACAGGCGGUAAUUUCAAAUCGGAAGACCACUUGAAUACGGCUUUUGGCCUGGCGGCGCUAAUGCAAAAUGGUUUUGCCACCACCAACGCCGCUGGCACCGGUGGUACGGAUCAGCAGCAGCAGCAACAACAGCAACAGCAGCAGCAGGCACAAAUUGUACAGUGGUCGACACCGACGGCAACAGGUGGUAAAUUGCAGAGUUAUACGGCUGCCACUCAACAGCAACAACAACAACAACAACAGCAGCAGCAACAACAACAACAAAUGCAGCAACAAGUUGGCACAUCAAAGUCAAAAUCAAAAAAUCGCAACGAUUCCACCACCGAAGUGAUCUACACUAGUCCCUCGACCUCCGGCAACACCAUGAAUGCCGGCCAAACCCAACAGCAGGCAACACCUACAUCCACGAACAACAACAGCGGCGCCGUCAGCAGUUCGAGUGGUGGCAAUAGUCGUAAAAAGUCACACAGCAACAAUAACAACUCUCAUAACAACCACCAAAAUGGCAAUAAUGCCAACAACAAUGGCGGUGUACAAGUGCAGAAACGUUACGCCUGCACACACUGUCCCUACUCCACCGAUCGACGAGAUCUCUACACUCGUCACGAGAAUAUACACAAAGAGGAGAAGCCCUUCCAGUGCUUCGCCUGCCUCAAGCAAUUCAAUCGGGCCGAUCAUGUGAAGAAACAUUUCCUGCGCAUGCAUCGCGAAUUGCAGUAUGACAUCAAUAAGACGCGACGACACGUAACCGCCAGCACGUCCAACAGUACCGGCGGCGCCGGUGUUGGCAAUCAACAUGCCGGCGGACGCGGCAAUGUCACCAUCACUACGGUAAAUACACAACAACACACAAACAAUACGCUCAACAGUUGUGGCUCACCCGAGCAAAAACCCAACAUCAUAUUCCAGGGCGCCAACGUACAACUGGACAAUGCAUUCCUGGAAGCGCAACGCCAGCCGACAUCGUCGAGCAUGAGCAUUGCGGAGACCAUCGAGGCCGUGGCCACAGCGGCCGACGCGCCCUUGCCACAACUCAAGCAGGAGAAGCAAGAUGACAUUGCUGUCGGUGUGGGCGCCGCCAAUGGUGGCAUUGUUUGCAACACCGGCGCUACUAGUGGCAAUCUCAAGCCGAAGCGCGAGAAACGCUUCACCUGCUGUUACUGUCCGUGGUCCGGCGCGGAUAAGUGGGGCUUGAAACGCCAUCUCAAUACGCACACAAAACCGUUUGUCUGCUUGUUGUGCGACUACAAGGCGGCGCGCUCGGAACGCCUGGCCACGCAUGUGCUGAAAGUGCACAACAAGCGCGCCUGCAACAAGUGCUCCUUCCUCGGCGACACGCAGGAGGAGUUCCAAGCGCACAUCAACGAAGUGCAUCCGAAUGACGUGCGGCCGGCGCGCGGCAAUCAAAAUUCAACUAACCACUUAAUUAACGGCAAUACGUCGAACUCGAAUUCGAGUUCGAAUAUAUUGCGUACAAUUGGCAACCCUUUAAUAGUUAAUAAGCGGUUAAAUAAUUAUGGUGGUGGCGGCGGCGGCAGCUCAUCCACUUCCAGCAAUCAGGGCGGCAACGUCGGCGGCGGUGGUUCGGUAACGAUAUACACCACGACAACAACAAAUGACAAUGGCAACGGUAAUAUUACCGGCGGUCCACUACAGGAGAUCAUUGUAAAUCCCACAUCGAUGGUGGGUUGGCGUUUGAGCGCCAAUGGUUCGCUAAUACCGCCACACGAUCUACUCACGGGCGGUUUACCGAAUGCGGCCGCACAGAAACGCGGCUCCGAACGACUAUUUCAAUAUCUUGAGGCAGACGGAAGUGAUCCCGAAGACUAUGCGCGUCUCCUGAAAAUGGACGCCAUCAGUCGCAACACCGCUUCAGUCGCUCAGGAUUUUCAUAAGGCGGGAGGCGUGCAAGAGUUGAAAAUUCCAGCCAAUCAUCAACUCCUGUUCAAUAAUAAACUGCCCUCACAAUGGACGACCAAAGAGGCUGCGGCGCUACUCCAUUCCCUAAGCAACAACAGCAACUUUGCCAACUAUCAGCAACAACUGCAGCUACAGCAACAACAGCAACGCAUGAAAUAUCAUCAUCAUAACGGCAACAGCAACAACACACAUAAGCGUCAGCGACAACACUCGACGGGCGACGAUGAGAAUACACCAUCGUCCGCCUCGUCGACGGCAUCGUCGAGCGAUAGUGGCGCAUCACCGUUGAAAGCUGGUGGCGGUAGACAACAGUACAUGUCUAGCUCAACAGCAGCAGCAACAACAAAUGGCAGCAGUAGCAGUUACAGUAAUAGUGAGCAGAGAAAGGCGAUGUCGGCAUUCUUGAGCGAAAAUUUCGAUUUGCAAGAAACAACGGAGAGCGCAAUCGAAAUGAUGGCGGCAGCAGCCGCAGCGGCGGCUAGCAGCAGCAGCAGCAGCAACAAGCGCAAAUAUCAGUCGCAGCACGACAAUGAUGAAGAUCAAGAGAAUCAAGAGCAGCUUAUUAGAUCGCCUCCCGCGUAUAACAAUAACAACAACAAAGUAAACAAUACAAUAAAUUACCAGCAACAACAACAUACGAGAACAACACGAACGCUCAAUCAACGUACCACGAAUGCCGCGCAUCACCAACGCGAACAUCGCCUCGAUCUGCUACACUUGGAUCGCGACAACAAGGAGAACAACAAACAGAAUGCGGCUGCCACAUUCCUCAGCAACAUGGAGUAUCAGAAUUUGAACAAGGUCAGCACGCAGAUACAAAACUAUGUCAAGGACAUCAUCAAUAAGUAUUACGCCGAAACGCCGCUCAUGUAUCCGGCCAUGCCGACAGCAACGGAGACGCCGCACGACAGCCAACAGCCAGCGGAGCAGCUGCAGCAAAAGCCCACCUCCUCCUCACAACGCAAGCGCAUGCGUAGCGAGACCGAGGAGUACAUCGAGUAUUUGCGCAAUAAAGAGGACAUAACGCUGACCAUAACGCCGAAGGUGUCCACCGCGCAGAAGCAGCGUCAUGCCGCCAGCACUACUUCACAUACCAACCAACAACGUCAGAGCCCCACGCAGCAGGCGUUGUUGGCCACACCCGCCGUCACACUAGCGCCGAUUGCACCCCUCAUGCCGCAGCCACAAUCAACACCGGCGUCACAGCCACCCAACAAGCGCCGCAAAUCACUUUCACAAAUAGCCACCUUGUUGCCCUUGUUGGCUGACGCCGCCUCGCAGCAGCAGUACCUCACCGCGCCGUUGGACUUCAGCAAGAAACCCACGCACGCCGACGAGGCCACCAUGCACCACGCAGCCACAACAACUCCCACAUUAAGCGCGCAGACGACAAACACGGUGUUGCCGCAAGCCGCGCAGGUCUCCGUUAUACAAGCAGCACCCACACAACCGCAACAAAAGCAACAACAACCGUCAGUGUUGCAGAACGCCAACGACAAACGUUCGUCGCGCAAGCAAGCGCAACCGAAGAAGAUACGCGCGCCACCAGAAGUGAUAGUCGCCAUGCUGCGCGACAAGUACUUGAAUCGCAUGGUGGAUCACAAGCUGAGUUGCCGCUUGUGCGCGCAAGAUAAGCGACGCGCGGCGGCAAUGCUCGUCUUCAACUACCAUACAAAGGGUUCGCUGACAUUGCACAAACACUGGAAGCAUCGCGCGAAGAAACAACGCUGCCAGCAUUGCAUGCAGGCCUUCAAGCAACGCAGCAGCCUAAUCGUGCACAGUCGGCGCGCGCACUCCGCUGCCAUGCAAAAGCAACGGCCGGGUGUGAAGCAAGUGUGUGACAAGUCGAAGCAGCUGCCACAAAAGCAGGCGGGCAGCAAGCAGCAACGCAGACACGCAAAGAAAACGAAGAAAUGCACGUAGAGCGCGCAGCAGCCAGGCAUGCGCUUGACGAGUAUACGCAUGCGCAUGGUUGUAAACCGAUAUUACCAGCUAAGCCACCUAUCCGGCUGGUGGGUGUUAACUGCAUAUUGAGUGUGCGCCUCAUUAUUAUUAUUGUAUAUGAUUUUGUAUGAUUUCUAAAACGCUCGGGUAUUCGUUGCAAGCAUUUUUUGUUGACGAUGUAAUCAUUAUAAGCCAAGUUUGCGCAUUUUUGAAUACUUAAUUGCUUACCUAGAGACAUGUAUAUGAUUAGGUUUUAGUAUUACGGUUCGGUUUCUGUAUUAUAUUAGUUGUAGUUUGUUGUUGUUGUUCAUAAAACAUUCCGCAUUUAUUAUUAGGCAGCGCUGUAGAGAGAAAACUGGCGCCGGGGUAGGCUUGUAGUGACUUGUUGGCGAAACAAAUCUGCAAAGUAUUGUUGUAGAGCAACGUGCUCUCCUGAGCCUUUCCAGCCUCUCUGAAAACUCCGAGCCCCAACUGAGCACUUCGGUUCCGGGUACAAUUGUCCCCAUUCUCUCCUUCUCUCAUUCAUUACUACUAGUAAAUACUCCUGCGGUUCUCAUUAUUUAGACACGUCCUUGCUGUUAACGGUAGUGACAACCCUCAAUUUAGCUGUUGGCCUUAAAUAUAAAGAAUAAAAGAGAAUUUUCUAAUAUUUAAUUAUUUUGUAAUUUCGAUUUUUUUUACUUUCUGUUAUCGCAGACACAAUUAUAAAAUAAAUGUAAAUAAUUUCUUUAUAAUUUACACGCA